GGCAGCCAGCAGUUUGAACCUCCCCUUCACUCCACCAUGGACUCGAAGCUGCUAACGCGCUUCCUCCCCAUCGCGGUCUUCGCUCCACUAAGCUACUUCGGCAAACAGGCCAUAUUCUCCAACCUCGAGCUCACCCCCGCCCCGCAGCUCCUCGAAGCCUCCUGCCCUGCACUCCCGCUCCCGCUCGCCGUCGCCGAGGCAUCCCUCUUCCCGAACCGCCUGCGCUACACAGGCGUGCGCGGCAUCGACGACUUCACCUGCAUCAUCGUCACCUUCUUCCAGCAGCUCAGCACGCGCGCCGCGCGCCCGCUGCUCGCCGGCACGCUCAUGCCCCUCCUCGUCGCGAGCGUGUUCUUCAUGUGGGCGGAGGCGGCGCGGCGCGGCGCGCCCCGCGCCGUGCGCCUGCCGACGGUGUUCUGCGUCGUGUACCAGGUUGUGACGUUCGCGCUCACGAUGCCCGUGUACUGGCUUCUAUUCACCGUCAGCGGCGCCGCGGGGCUGCAUCGCCGGAUCCCAGGUGCAGCCCCGGCGAGCGGGGGAGGCGACGACGCGCACAGGCCGGAUGGCAUCAUCACCCGCCGGCGCGCGGAAGCCGCCGCCUUCGGCACGCUCGUAGGCUGCGCACUGCCCACGCUCGCCAUGUUCACACUCUCCUCGCCCUACUGGACAGCUUUAUGGCAGCCCUUCCCGCUCCUCGUCGAGUUCGCGCGCGCGCUCUACCUCCUCGUUCGCCCCUCUACAUCCCCCACCGCCAACGCGCCCCCCAAGGCCUCCUCGCUCGCCAGCGCAAACGGGCAUACGACCGUACGGCGCGCGUACCAGCUCCUCUUCUUCGCAUGCGCCGCGCUCUACGCGUUCUACAUCUACCCGCUCCUCGCGCGCCUCGACGUCUCUGUGCUCCGCGCGACGUUCCUCCCCGUUGUGCAGCGGGCGAGCGCAGGGAGCGCCUCGCUCGAGGACGCCGCUGUGGAUCUCAUCAAGCGCGAUUUUUGCUUUGGCGGCGGGGCGACACUGCUCGCGAGCCUGUGGUGGGCGGACGGGCCGGCUGAGGUCGCUGCGAGCGUCGCGUGGUUGGUAGGGGGUUCGGUGCUUCUCGGGCCGGGCGCAGCGUUCGUGGGGAUGGCGAUGUGGAGGGAGGGUAAGAUCGAGAGGGCGGUAAGGGCUGUGAAGGCGGGUAUUGAGGAGAAGAAGAUCGAUUAAGCGUUUAGCGAGCUGUAAACUUGUGGUGUAGUAAAAGGAUCUUUCUUAUGUUUAGCAUGGGG